AUGUCAAACGCAAUGCCGCAGUCCGGGGCAUCAUCGGUGAUAUCGUCCACUGGAAGCCAUCCUCUGUCGCUCAAACGCCGUAGAAGGCGACCCGCCCGGUCCUGUGAACAAUGUCGCCGUCGCAAAAUCCGAUGCAGUUUGGGUCAACCAUGUAAUGGCUGUACUCGGGCCAGGCUGCCGAUGCCAUGCUCCUACCGCGAUGGAGGUCCCGUCGAAGCAGCUCACGAGACACAGGCCUCGCCGGCGACUGAGACGCGACCCGCGAGGGAUGAAGUUAUCGCGCCACAGAAUCGGACUAACACCGUGGAUCAUGCCCGAGAUCAAUUAUCUCGACCAUCAAGACCUGAAAAUAACAACACGCUCGCACUCAACCGUGAAGACCAUGUCUCUCCAAACAUUUCGUUAUCUCAAGUAUCUGCAGCAACUUCAUCCUCGACUUCAAUUCCUCCUUUCACACCAAGACUCCGUCACGUACCAGAAAAGACGAAACUUUUUGGCCAAACACAUUGGCUCCAUACUGCAGAAAAGUUUCCUGUCUCGGGGAAUUUCCAUCCAGUCGAGGUCGAGCCAUCAUGGGAGGACGCCAAGUCGGACUUCUACGAUGUCUUGAAAGAAGCUCGCGGUUUACGCUUUAGCCUCAAGAAGCAGUCCUCAUCCAACCUUGAACAGCCGAUUCAGGACUUACGUGCAACUCUCCCUGCUAAGGCGGUUUGCGACGAACUCAUCGCUUGCUACCUCCGCACAUUUGAACCUCUGUACCGUAUCAUCCACGUCCCGUCUUUCCGGAAGGAAUAUGAUAGACUUUGGGACAGCGAACAACCAUCUUCACUACCGACUGUUUCAAUGGUCAGGUUGACUCUAAUCAUGGCCAUCGGCACCACCUUUGCGCGUUUUGACAGCGAGGCCGAGAUCAAUCAACUUUGGCGGCCUGCACAGUCGUGGAUUCAGAAUGCCCAAUGGUGGCUUACAGGUCCAAACGAAAAGACAACAUAUAACCUCGAUGGAUUGCAAGUGUUUGGCCUACUAAUACUUGCUCGUCAAACAACCUUCAACUGCCGCGGAGCAACAUCAUGGCUUUCGUCUGGCUCCUUGUUGCGCGCUGCUUGUACCAUGGGUCUUCAUCGUGACCCCAAGCUGUUCCCAGGCCUAUCACUCUUUCAGAAAGAGUCUCGUGCUCGAUUAUGGGCUACAGUCUUAGAGUUGGCCGUACAGUCAUGUCUGGAUCUUGGUUUGCCGCUGCAUCUUGCUGAGGAAGACUUUGAUGCUCCUACUCCGUUGAACUUUAAUGAUUCAGACCUCGAGUCUAGCACUUCCCAGACGCCGAAAUCCAUGGACACCUUUACGGACUCGUAUUUGCAAAUACUCCUUUCAAAGUCCCUGCCAAUGCGUGUGGGAGUCAUACGCUUCUUGAACGACAUUCGUCAAGAGAAGACGCAUGAGAAGGCUCUGGCAAUGGGAACACAGCUACGUGUGGCAUGCAGAGAUGUAGCGGCCUUCUUCCACUCACUUAACCAAGGUCAGGCAAAUCUCGGAGAGGCAUCGAGUCUCGAGGCCAAUGAGUUUCAUCGUAAGCUGAUAGAUAUACACUUACGUCGGUUCAUCCUGUUUCUUCACCGCGACUUUAUGCUCCAAGCGAAAACUAACCCUCAAUUCUAUCUCUCUCGUAAAUUAUGCGUCGAGGCUGCUGUUGUCAUUGCAUCUGGAAGUAAGGGUGUUGACCUGGAAUUGCCCCUUCAAGUAUGGGAUGACAUGUCUCGAUUAUCUUUUGUUGGACGAGGUCUGUUCAAAUGUGCGUUGAGCUUUGAUGCCAUGCUCGUCCUCGCACUUGAGGUCAUAAGCGAGCUACAGGACGAGUCGACGCCAGAUCAUGAGUCUGAUAUCCUCAAGGAAAUGGCGAGGACUGCACGUGCGCCUCUGAUACAGACCUUGGAAGAGGUAUGCAAGCACCUUCGCUGCCUCAUAGCACGAGGCAACCUAAGCCUCAAGAGACUCCUGUUCUCGAACGCCCAUCUAGCACAUAUCCGGGCGCUGGAAGCGGGACAACCAGUCAAAGCGAUUGUAUACGAGGCUGUAACUUCGACUUUGCGCGACUGUGUAGUGAUGAUGCGUAAAGUUCAAGCGGCGACGGCACCCAACGAGUCAAUAGUGGCCUCAGACAACUUGAGCAUCGACCUUUUCGGUCCAUACAUGUUUUUCGAUAACAAUGUCAUGGAGUGGGACAUAUCCGACCUCCUGGGAUUACCAACAGCUGGUAAUUGGCCAGUCACGGAUUGA